UAAAAUUGUAACAUAAAAUUAAACACAGUCCAUGACACAAUACUGGAUAUUUACAUUCACUUAUCUGACGAUGCUCACAAUUUCAAUUCACUGAAAGCCUCCCAAUUCUACCUUCAAGAGGAUGCCACACUCAUACCUCACCUCUCUUCCUCCGAGCCGCGGGUAUGCGCUCAGUGGGCGUGUACGCGCAGAGUCCCAUCCCUCCUCUCCUCUCCAUAGCCCAUAGUACCGUUAAAACAUUCCUCCAAUCAGAGUCGCUUCUAAGAACUUUGCAAAGUGGAGUAUGUCGGGUACCAUAUGUUCACUUUCACUCGGGUUUGGUUCGGCUCAGUAGGAGGUGUUGGUCCUAUUGGCUCGGCAUUGUCUUUAUGCAAACAGCUCCUUUCACCGACGCCAUGUCUAUUGUCACCGCCAAGGUUUAUAUGGAGGCAGCGGUGGACCUAAGGAUUACACCCGUCUGAGGAGCGCUGAUUCAGGCGGUUUCUCUUUGAGCCCCUGACAGCUUCGUCACAGUCAUGAGUUGUCUGGAUGUGAUGUUUCACCAGAGUUAUGGAGGCCACUACCUCCCUGCGUCUUCAGCAGCAGCAGCCUACAAAGCAGCAUACUAUCACCAUCAGCACCAGCAACAGAAGAAGCUGGGUGUUUACAGUAGGAUGCAGCAGGACAGCACCGAGCAGCAGUUUCCAGGGGGGAGACAGCAACAGCAGCGUGGGGGUGGAGGGAGGAGGCUGGCUGGGGAGAAGGGGGUCCGACAGGGCCUGGAGGUAUCUGGGCUGGGGGGCUCUUGGAGGUCUGGGAAGGACAGCCAGCCGGCUGAGGCAGAGUACCUGAGCUCCAGGUGUGUCCUGUUCACCUAUUUCCACGGCAACAUCGAGGAUGUGGUGGAUGAGCAUUUCUCCAGGGCUCUGAGCCAACCCAGCACCUUCACUGGAGAAACCAGGAGCUCCAGGGACACACCCAUUCACACCUCUGCCUCGGCUGGACUGUGGAAAGACAGUGUAUCUCUCUCAGAAGGCCAGUGUAGUUCUCUGUCCUCUUCUCUGUGGGGUGGAGGUUACCAGUCCCAGACCAGCCCCUGUCUGCCCAUCCACCCAGACUUCUCCCCCAUCCCUGCAGGCUUCCAUGCCCCAGACAGAGCUCUGUGGACAGGCCACGCUCUGCCCCAGCCCAGCCUCCCUCCUCCAACCUCUAUCCCUGACCCCUGGGCCUACAGCCUCAGCCCCCAGACCUCCGCCAGCUGCACACACGUCCACGACGUCUACCCACCCACACACCCUCACACACACAUGCACCCCCGGCACACACACACAGUAUUACAUCCCCACCCGUCCCAUGACCCAGGCCUAAACCCCAGGUUCAGCCCUCUGCUCCUGACUGGUGUGAAGACUCAGAGCCCCCUAGCCCACAGCCCUGCUGGACACAGCACACACAGUAACACACACAGCAGCCAGAGCCCAGGGAUACACAGUGGUGUGAAGACAGAGGUGGAGCAGGCCAGCCCCCCAACCCUGACCCCUUCAGCCUGGCCAACAGCUCUACACACACCCAUGGAUAUCUACGACUCAGGUCUGGAUCAGGACAAAGUGAAGGCUGUUUGGUUCUGAGAGAGAGGAUAUGACACCCUGCCACUGAGCUGUGAUCAGCUCUAACAGAACCUCCUGGAACCACAUUGUUUUGUGGACUCGUUCUCUAGAAGACUCUCCACUCACUAGAAUAACUCAGAACUCCAGGGUGGUUUUAGGUUUCUCAGAAAUCCUUCUGGAGAAAUAUAGACUACUCUCCAUGCCUCACAAUCCACCAGGGAUACUUCAGAUCACUCUUUGGCAAAAUAUUUGUUCCUAAUUUGUACCAAAAGUAUUAGCUGGUUGAUUGGGAACUAGUAUCCCACAUGAGGGUUCUGUUUAAAGAACGUAGUUUGUGGGAUCACCACUCAGCCAAGCCUCUUUCUGAUCUUUUAAUAUUGUGUUAUGUGUGUAACUAGUUAUAUGUGUGUAAUUGACUGAAAUAUAUGUUGUAUAUACAGUAGUACUGUGAUCUGAAGUGAUUAUCAUUUCCGUAAAGUGUUUGAUUAUUGCUAAUUGUUUUUCACCAACCCUGUGUUGUCAUGUUGCCUAGUGUUCUGUAUGUGUGGAGAAAUGUCAUUAUUGAUGUGUAAUAAAUUGCUAAGUUCUAUUGGCAA